CAGGGAGGGAGGAACAGGAGGCGUGCACACAGGCACACCCAUCCUCGCCUACUUUUGACAGCCGAACAGCCCGCCAGCCCGCAUCCUCUGCAAUUAACUCGGCAGCUAUCGCCUGCUCGAAGUCAAUCAAUCCAUCGAGACACCAGAGACUGACUGACUGACUGACUGACUGACUGCAGGUGUAGCACACGGCUCCGCCUAAAUUAUUUUAUUUUCCCUUCUGAGCCUGGUGCCGGACAUGGUGCGCCGCUCUCGCUGACCGAACCCAUCAGCACAAUACUCCGUAUUACGAAUCAGAAUCAACUGUGCACUCGUGCGUCUAAAACACCAUCUGCAGCUAGGGCCAAGACUGGACAGGUCAGGGCCAAGCUGUAUCUCGCCCUGGUAGGCCUGGUAGGGGUCCUGCCAGAACCACCCGACUCCUUUUCGCCCGGGGAGCCAUCCCAGCCCAGGCCCAGGCCCCACCCACCAAGCAAGCACCUGGCACCGAGUAACUCGAGCCCAGCAACUCUUGCACUGUACCUAUGCCCUGCCCUGUCCUGCCCUGCCCUGUCCUGCGUCGCCUCGCCCGCCUGCCCGCCUCGCCUCUCCACUCCUCCCGCUGCUCACCUCACCUUAUUACGCAGUGCCACUUACUGCCGCAGUACGGCGGUACAAAGUAUCUAUCAAUAAUAAACCCGCAACCGGGCGCUCUUCUGCCCUCCACCAAAACAUAUCGUGCCCCUUCCUUGCUCCCAGUUCUGCUCCAACACAACCAACCCACUGUUCUUUCAACCUCUUGAAACCGGCCGUGUCUCUCCAACAUUUUCUACCCUGCAGAGGAUAUCAUCUCCCACCCUCUCGAACACCAUGGCCGCCAAACCCCGCCUGUGAUCAGACCCUCCAAAGCGUGGUUAAAGCUAUUGCGCUCUAGUCUGCCUGUCUGACUGUCUGACCUCCCGCCUGCCCUUGCGCGCACGCCCGAGCCUGGACCCGUCAUUAUAAUUACCAAUCCUCGGCCAGAGGCCCAAUCGCCCUGCUCGUCUCUACCGUUUUUCUAGCCUUGCCCGGCUGUUCACAUCCUACCGUGGCAAUCACAUCUGCGCGCCAACACCAUGGAGCAGAUACACGGCGUCGACGUCUCGUGGAUGGCCCACCACGGAACCCCGAAAGACCGAGCCCAGCCUAUCCGUCGAUCAACUUUCCCUGCUCCACCGGACCAGUCUCCCCGGGAUUCGCCCGCUUCGAGUCCGGUGAGGGAAGCGCACGAGACCAAUGGCCACCCAGAUCCAGCGCCCAAAACAAACGGCACUCUGCCCAAGCAGAUCCCUCCUCGCCCAGGUUUCACCAGGGAAAGAGGAGGUUCCAUCAACGAGAAGAAUGGCGUGGCAAGCAGCGCAUCCCCGACGAGGAGGCCCUCUUGGUUCUCCAACAUAUCGCAGAAGUUCUCAGGUAGCGCGCCUCAGAGCCCGCCACAGGCCAACAACGUCCCGACCAAGGAUGCAGAGAUCUCCGUCCCCAAGAUCACGCCCGCCAAGAACGCCGUUCUCCAGCAUGCGGCUAAGCACCAGGGGGAAGGGCCGUACACGCCGGCGCCGCCGAGGACGGGCCAGACUGGCUUGAUGCAUGUGUUGCGCAGACUGUCGUCUAACUCCGGGCAGCUAGGACCUCCUAUGAAGGGUGUUAACAACCACGGGCUGGUCGAGAGGAGGGUGUUGAAUGUCGACCAGCACCGAGAACGAUGUCCCGUGGAGGAGCUUCACCAGUCCAAGCUGCGGAGGGUCGCCUUCUGUGUCGACGUGGAGAUCGCGCCGAUGCCCAAGUAUUCCGAUUCCGACGCUUCGUCCUCGCCCAAGGUGUGCGCCCUCGGUAAGCCCGAGAAACGGAAGCUCGCCGAGAAGGGUGAGGGCGAGGCGCUGAAGAACCCCAAGGCCGUAGAGAACCAGAAGGAGAAGGAUGGCACCGUCGAGGUCUCGGGGGAGCAGCUACCUAAGGAACCCGAGAAAGAAGGCACGGGUAAUACCGAUGCGUCCGCUAAGACCGACACGCAGACCACGACUGCGGCUGACAGCGCGGCGAGUACGAAAAAGAAGGAGAAAAAGAAGAAGAGCGAAGAGGAGAGGAAAGCAAGGAAGGAUAAGAAGCGGAAACUCGCAGAGGCCAACGGCCAGGUCCCUCUGGAGCUUCACCUUGAUACCGACACCUCCGAACCUUCGGCCCCGACCACCCCCAGGGUGCAGGCCGUCCCCACGACGAAUCCCGUGCGCAUCUAUAGGAGAUGUUGCCAGCUCAGGGAGACGCCCAUCCUCAAGAAGAUCACCGAGCAGCUCAUGGCCCCCACAAACUCCACGUCCGCCGGGGUCGUCGAGAAGCUGGACCUGAGUGGAUACUGGAUGCAGCUUGCAGACCUCGUCACUUUGGGAGACUACUUGGCUGUGGUCCCAGUCAAGGAGGUCAUAUUGGAGAACUGCGGCUUAAACGACGAGGGGCUCAGGGUCGUGUUGGCCGGCCUUCUCGCUUCCAGGAAAGCCAGCGGUGCCCAAAGGAGACGAGCGAUCACCUCAGCCGACGGCCUCGCUGAACAAGGAGGCGUGGUUGAGCGUCUGGUUCUCAAGAACAACAAAAUCGGACCUGAGGGCUGGAAAUACCUGUGUUUGUUCAUCUACAUGUGCAAGUCCGUCGUCAGCCUGGACUUGGCAGAGAUCCAGUUCCCAAAGCCACCGCCGUCGACAGCAUCAAACGGCCAUCUCCCCCAUUUCCAUCUCCACGAAGACAAGAAGGCUCCGUUGGACAUCGGCACGUUGUUCUCCAAAUGCAUAGGCGAAAGACUGGCAGGCUCGACGCUUGAGAUGAUGAACCUGAGCAACAUCGGUCUGAACCAUACCCAACUUGGGCAGAUCCUGGACGGUAUAAUGAAGUGCGGUAUCCGAAGGCUCGGCCUUGCGCAUCUAGAUCUCGACUCGGAAGGCCUCGAACACAUCAAAAGGUAUCUCGGCAGUGGGAAGUGUGAGGCGCUUGACCUGGGCGGCAACGACCUGCGUGACCAAUGCGAGAACAUCGGCGGUGCCAUCGACGAGACCAACACGCUGUGGGCUUUGAGCUUGGCUGAAUGUAAUCUCAAGCCUGCCUCGCUGUGCAAGUUGCUCCCGCAUUUGUACAAGCUUUCGAACUUUCGAUUCCUCGAUUUGUCCCACAACCAGGCAUUGUUUGACUCGGACCCUAGUGCAGUUGGGGUCCUGCGAAGAUACCUGCCUAAGAUGGAAUCCUUGAAGAGGAUACACCUAAGCGACUGUGCACUAAACUCCGAGCAUGUGAUCGCCCUGGCCGAAGUCAUUCCAGAGAUGAAGAACAUAGCUCAUAUAAGCUUCCUGGAGAACACGGAACUCACCAAGCUGGCCGACGCGAGCACCGAGGAGACACAGGAAGAAGCAUCCGCAUUGUAUGCGUCCCUCUUGGCUGCAACGAGAAUUUCUCCCAGCCUCGUGUGUGUGGACAUUGACGUUCCCACCGAGAGCUCUGGCGAGAUUGUGAAGGCUCUUGCCAAGCAGAUCGUUGCCUAUUGCCUGCGGAAUAUGGAACGGCUACCACUCAAGGAUGGCGGAUCGGCCCUCGAAGAGGCACUGGCACAUGAUGCCAAGGACCCAGAAUACCCAGACGUGAUCCAACAUCUAGUUGGGCACGAUGUCAUGGCUCCCGACUCAGACGACGAUGAAGUCGCACCUGAUGAUGACUACAUCGUCGGAGGUACAGGUGUCGCCAAGGCGUUGGCUUGCUGCCUGAACAACCGCGGAGUCGCUUCGAGGAGGAACUCCGGGGAGUUUGUGCGAGACUUCGAGACAGGCGUUGCGCAGCCAACGGCGCAUUUGCCUGGCGGGAAGGCCAAGGACGUGUCAAAGCACUUGCUCAUCAGCGCAAGGAAGAUCCGGCACCGCCUCGAGCCUGCCCUGUCCAAGGCAAAGACAUUGGCGGAACAAUCAACCGAGGAGCGCGGUACUUACCAGCGCCUGUUGUUCCUGCAAAAGACCCUGGAUGGCAUCAUCAAGCGCUUCGAAGACGAGUUUCCGGAGACGAAAGAGGCGGCGGACAGUGGAAUAUCAAUCCCACCGCCGGACUACCAGCUCGAGAAGACAACCACCCGCAACUCGCUUUCCUCUGCAGAAGCGGAGCCCGAGCACAAUGCGGCAGGAUCCGAUGCGGAGGAGGACCUGUAUGCGCAGCGCAGCCUGGCCCGAAGCAGCUCCAAUAUUUCGCUGUCAUCGCUGGCUCAAGACCGUGAGGAGGGCCGCGCGCUCCGAUCAGGACACAAGUUCCGUUCUGGAUGGAUGACAGCCGAGCAGUACCAGUUGCUAUCGUCGGCAGGCUUCGAGGAACUAGAGAAGGAUCCACACCAGGUGCGCAUCUUCAACGAGUUGAUUGAUGAGCUCGACGACGAGGAGAUCAGUAAGCUACGAGAAGAGAAGGGCGCUGUCAGGGUGUUCCAGGAGCACCGGCAGACGAUCGUGGAUGCCUGCCGGGAGGGUGACCCUGAGUACUGGGAGAUAUUUGUGGAGAGCCAGACGAAGGCCAAGGCAAAUGUCACAGUCGCCCACCCUAAGGCAGUGCCGGAAGUCGCGGUGGUGGAUGAGGAAGCCAUCACGGACUAGAGGAGCGGAUGCCAAGAUGCGCCGCUGCGGCCAGAGUUGAAGAAGAGGAGGAGGUGCUGUUUGUGCUUUCAUUGAGCCUUGAUUUAAAGGCAGGGCGGACCCCCACAAGCAAGACGAAAGCUGUUGCUCGUGUUUUGCGACUUUGACGUGCAUCAACAUUGGCGUUUUGAACCGGAGCCUCACGGGCCUCACAGCAGGCUUCGUUCACAUCACAUUUGAGCGUGUUUUUCUUUUUUUUCUCUUUUGUUCAAUAAUGUACUGGGAUCACACCAAGAAAACAUGGCAGGUACGCUGUACAAAUACCCGGCGUGGAGAGGGAGGGAUCCGGUGGUUUGGGAGGGAGGAUACUGUUAAUUGGGAGGGAAGAAUC